AGAAGCUCCAUCUGCUGAAAGAGAGCCUCUGGGAUUUCUCACAACAGGCUGAGAUUUAAGCAGGAGCUAUCCGUCCAUCCUGUGUGGGACAGCCUUGUGGAUUAUCUAUAUCUUCAGAAUAUAAAAGAGUUUCCCACUUGCUACCAGAGGACCCAUGUGGUUGGUGGAUAAGAUCCGUGUGUCAGUGGAGAGAUCUAACCUGCCUCUCCCAUCAGCAGAACUAAGCUUUAAAAUUGGUGACAUAAUGUUUGGAGAAAAAGGCGACAAACCCAAAAUAAUUCACCUGUGUCCUUACGUCAUCACCCCAGACAACAUCCCAGAGUUCUGCAUCCCCCCAACCAUCCCCUCCCUCCAGGAGAUGAAAAAUACGGAGCACAGCCGACCUGCUCGAGUCACCAAGGCGUCUCCAUGUGAGAGGGCUAGCCCUGAAAUAGAGGUGACAAGUUAUGAGCUCAUGAACCCGCACAUCAUCCAGGUGGAGAGUGUGGAUGAGAGCCCCUAUGAAGGCUGCAGUGAUGAGGAGACCACCAAUGCAGACCCCCAGAGCCAGGCUGCCUUGUCUCUUCCACACAUGGCCAGAGCUCAGACCUGCUAUGGCUUCUGCACCCUACUGGAGAGCCCCCACACCAGGAGGAAGGAGUCGCUCUUCCACUCUGAUCCUGGCUCCUCUCCCCUGCUGCUGCCCCGAAGUCGGUCCAGCUUGUGCUCCAAACUCUCCCCCUCAACUUCGCCAUCCUCCUCCUCUCAUUCUUCAUUCAGCCUCAACUCCCUGACUUCCAGGCUUUCCCCGAGAGGAUACUCUCUGAACUGGCAGGCCACUCUGGACAGCGAUACAACUUCCUCCACUGAAUCCUCUCCCUACAGCUCGCCACUGCUGACCAGAUGCCCUGCCAAGUCUUCCCUCUUCAAAGCACUGAGCCAUGAUCUGCUGUUGUCAAGGAACAUGAGGAAGGCAAUGGUGUCCAGGAACAAUUCCCUGUCCACAGAUGAAGGCAGCUCCACAGACAAUAGCCCCAAUGUCAUGAGGAGGGCAUCAGAUGGGUUAGCUGAAGGCCUGCCGAGCAGCUACAGCCUGGCGCCACCCAACAUCUUCCCUAUGGACAUGACUCUGCACAAAGAGAGGGUAAUGAAGGAAAGAAUGGCACCCAUAGGGAGAGAUGGCAGCCUGAGACUCUCAGCAGAGUACUGCCCAGAUAACCAAAGACUACGGGUUCGACUGAUCAGUGCUGAGGGCCUCUAUCCACUCUCUGUAGACCCCAAGAUUAUCAACUGCAGCGUCAGCCUCUCUCUGGUGCCCGGAAAAGUCCAGAAGCAACGCAGCACAGUCAUCAGAAAGAGCCGUAAUCCAAUCUUCAAUGAGGAUUUCUUCUUUGAUAGUAUCUCAGAGGAAGACAUCAGUCAGCGGUCCCUUCGCUUUAAAGUGGUGAACAAAAUGUCCACCCUGAAAAGAGACUAUCUCCUUGGUAACUGUGAUUUGCCUCUUUCUAGCAUUGUGACAUCAUAAAUAAGUACUUCCUUAACUGUUUAUUUAUGUUUUGAAUUAUUUAUUUUCUAUUUUGUAUUGUAAAACAAGAUUUUAUAUGAUUAAA